GGAGGAGAAUUUUCCCCUUCACCCCCACUGGACUCUGGUCAGGACCUCAGUACAGAGAAAGCUCAGGCAGGCAAACCAAGUGUAGAAGAUGAAGAAGCUGGUGGUGUUUGUGCUCGGCCUGGUCCUGUUGACUGCUUACACAGAUGCCAAUCCUAUCAUCAAGGAGAGCCUUGCAAAGCAGCUGCUCCGCAGCAAGAGGCAGGAUCGGCCAUUGAAGGCCGGCCACCCCGAUGAGCCAAUGAGGGAGCAUCUGCUGCACAUGCAGGCCCUGGAUCAGAGAGCCCAGGAGACCAACAUGGAGUACUGGCUCAAUCCUCACUGCCCCCCUCGCUGUGACAGGAACUACGGACACCCCGUUUGAGGAUGAUGACAAAGGACCAGACGUGACCACAAGGACUCAACAAUGGCAUCAGUGAAAACUCUUGACAACCAGAAGGACAGAGAGACUCUCUCCUUCUCCCUAAAUGAAAUGACCAUGUGCAUGAAUGGUCUUCAUGCUUAUAUAACCUCACUAUAACAGCAGUGUAGUUUGCUGUUUCCAGUAGUUUCAACAUGUAUUCUCUAAGUUGUGUAACAGAUUGAGAGAACAGUGAAUGCAAUUACAAAUAAAUCAGAAUGCAUGAGUCCCUUCAA